UCAAUCAACUGACAGAGAAGAAAAUGUUCCACUUGAAAUUGAAUAUAAUUUUGAAAAAAUAAAUUCAAUAAUUAUGACUAGCGUAGCUCAUGUCAAUGAACAUCGAGAUGAAGAUGAGGUUCUUUUUGAUUUUAAUGUUAUUUUUUAA